UUUAGAAGUCGGACAUUAAAAUCUACUAUACAUACAUCUCUGUUUUAUUCUAAUUAACAUCCUCAGAAACUUUGUGACCACACGAUUCUAGUACUUUGUGAAUCUAUUGGGUAUCCAAUUUCUCUCCUCUACGUCGAUACAGCUGAAUCCCACCCAUGGCUGAGAACCCUAAUUGCACUGUUUAUGUUGGAAAUUUGGACGAGAGAGUAAGCGAUCGUGUACUAUAUGACAUUCUAAUUCAAGCAGGGCGUGUUGUUGACCUGUACAUUCCUCGUGACAAGGAAACUGAUAAGCCUAAAGGUUUUGCCUUCGCUAAAUAUGAGACAGAGGAGAUUGCAGACUAUGCUGUGAAGCUUUUCUCUGGUUUAGUGACGCUUUACAAUAGAACAUUAAAAUUUGCGAUAUCUGGGCAAGACAAGCCCUCUAAUAACUCAUCAAUUGCGACACCACCACCUACCUUAAAUAUCCCCUCCAGACCAAGGCCUCUUCAUGUACCUUAUAAUGAUAAGGAAAUUUCACCAAAUUCUGUGAGAUUGUCAACUUCAUGCCGGUUUUCAGAGCACCAAACUAACUCCACACAAGUUCCAGUUCCUCCUGGUGUUUCAGUAAACCAAUCUAAUGGGUAUAGAUCACCUUACGAUGGAUAUAGAUCACAUUAUGAUGGCAACAAUUAUGAUUACGGUCGAAGAGUAUUUGGGGAUGCUUUGGAUAGUAUAACACGCUCUAGGUUGGGCCGAUAUGAUACCCGUAACCCGACCAGUUAUCCUUCUUAUUGAUAUUUAGCUUAGCUCUUGGUCUUGAGAGAGCUCUGACCUGUCUUCUUCUAAGUUGUGUAGGUGUAUUGGUACUUUGGGGAGCUUGUCUUCUUCUAAGUUGUGUAGGUGUAUUGGUACUUUGGGGAGCUUGUCUGAGGUGCUUUAGAUUUAGUUUUGUGUCUGUUUGUUGUUCAUUGUUGCGGUAGUUUGUCUCUGGUUAUGCUCCCAAUGUCUGAACUCUUGAAUCUGUCUGUUAUUGUUCUUUAAUGCAUCUGUAUAAUAUGUAUUUCAGUGGACAAAACUGCAUCUUUGUAAUUGUCUGUCUGAAAGGUUCAAAGAUUUGGAUCUUGCUUCUGCUAUCUUUCCUCUUUCCUUCACUUACCUUCUCAAGCGCCGCCCCAGCUCUCACCCCUCCUCUUUUCCCUCAAAGAUCUGUGGAGAUGGACAUAUUUAGAUUUUGCUUAUGUGUGAUGUGUGCAUCGCUUAUUGGUUCUUGGAGAUUAGAGUUGCUUCCCAUCGGUGCGUGGUAUGACGUUAUGAGCUUUGGCAUGUGUGUAUACUAGUUGCUUCCCAUCGGUGUGUGGUAUGACGUUAUGAGCUUUGGCAUGUAUGUUUACUGAUACUAGAAUAGAUGUGCUGUAAGAGCAAUUUCCUUUGCAUCAUUGAAGAUUUAGCUCCUGUGUUUUUGGAGUGUGAAUGCUCAUUAUCAUAUGUGAACGGCUGGGGAAACUAUGUUUCUUUCCCUAUCAGAUUUUGUGUAGUUCAUGAAAUUGCAGUUCAUUAAA